GUUCGAGCGACAGGAUGGCGGCUUGUUUUUUCGGUGUGUUGUUGUGUCACGAUCGAGUCCGAAACACGUGUGAACAGCCGUGAAGUUGUGUGUUUGUUCCACAGACAAAAUCCCCCCUCUGCCAGUGGAACGACGUGUUUAUUAAAACUCAGGAUUUCACUGCGUCCGGAAGGCGACGCGCUACUUUCUAUUAGUCAAGCUGACAGGAAGCCACGCGUCACCGGAAAUCCGCUCCACUGGAUUUCAGCGCAAAACACACCACAGGACGUCAAUGGGCAGGCUCUUUAUUGUGAAACCCCCUAACAGCUGAGUUAAGUUGUGAUGACUGCGGUGCGACUCUUGACACCAGUGUAAGUUCAGUAGUUGGACGCGUUUCGCCGCAUCGUGUUUUCCUCGCUCAACACUCGAAAGUGGCCGUGACGCGUCUGUCUGAGCUCGUGUUGUGACGGCUCCUCUUCUCCCCGGUGACGCAGGUAACAUGUCCGCCGGCUGUGUGCGGUUGUGCAGCGCCUCUUUCUCACGGAGCUGUCGCUAAGGCCUGUUCCUUGCGGGUUAUUUCCAUCACGAGUCCCCCAAAACAGAAAUGUCACUGGCGGACUACGAGAGACACUACGACUCGCUGAACUCGGACCUGGGCGGCGGGUCCGUGGUCAGCGAGCGAUCCGCGUCCGGCACGUUUAAUGGCGAGGAGGAGAAGCUGCACUACAUCCCCAUCCGGAUCCUCGGGAGAGGGGCGUUUGGAGAGGCCACUCUGUACCGGAGGACCGAGGACAACUCUCUGGUGGUAUGGAAGGAGGUGGAACUGAACUCGCUCUCAGAGAAGGAGAGCAGAGAUGUCAUGAACGAAAUCAGCAUCCUCUCCAUCCUGGAGCACAACAACAUCAUCGCCUAUUUCAAUCACUUCAUGGAUAAAAACACUCUGCUCAUUGAGUUGGAGUACUGCAAUGGAGGAAAUCUGUAUGAUAAAAUCAACCAGCAGAAAGGGAAACUUUUCUCUGAAGAGGUGGUCAUAUGGUACCUGUACCAAAUUGCCUCAGCGGUGGCCCACAUUCACAAAGCUGGGGUAUUACACAGAGACAUCAAAACUCUGAACAUUUUCCUGACAAAGACUGACCUCAUCAAGCUCGGCGACUAUGGCCUCGCAAAGAAGCUCGACUCAGAGUUUUCAAUGGCAGAGACUUGUGUGGGAACUCCAUAUUACAUGUCUCCUGAAUUGUGCCAGGGAUCAAAGUACAACUUCAAAUCAGACAUCUGGGCGAUGGGUUGCGUAAUUUUUGAAGUCUUAACUCUUACAAGAACCUUUGAUGCAACGAACCCUCUGAACCUCUGUGUGAAAAUAGUGCAGGGCAACUGGACGAUGGAUGUGAACUCAGAUGUUUAUUCGUCUGCAUUGAUCAAGCUGGUGUACGAGUGCCUCGAUCAAGAUCCUGCAGAGAGGCCUACAUCUGAGCAGAUUCUGGACCAGCCGUUUAUCUCUUGCUGCCGAAAGGAGCUGGAAGAGCGAGUAGCCCUGCUGAAUUCAGCGAUGAAGAAACCCAAGCUCAGUACAGUGACCGAAACCCCUGUUGCCGUGGUGACCACACGUUCAAGGGAGGUGUACUUCUGGGGUGGAGGGAAGUUCACCCCCCAGAAAAUGGACACAUUUAAAGGAGGCAGCAGUGCCCAGCAUGUGUGUGCAGGAGAGAGUCACUUUGCAGUUGUGACAGUGGAAAAGGACUUGUACACCUGGGCUAAUGUGCAAGGCGGAGGCAAGAUGGUGGGCCAACUGGGGCAUGGAGACCAGGCCUCAUAUCGGCAGCCUAAGAGGGUGGAGAAGCUCCAGGGGAAUGCCAUCCGACAGGUGGCGUGUGGGGCUGACUUCACUGCCUGUGUCACCGAUGAGGACCAAUUGUACAUGUUUGGGUCAGACUAUUAUGGCUGCAUUGGAGUGGAGGGCGAGAUGGGAAUUGAGGUUUUGGAGCCGGUGCUUUUGGAGUUUUUUGAGGAGCGGCCUGUCCGUCAGGUUUCGUGUGGGGACAACCAUGUGGUGGUGCUGACUCAGAGCGGGGAAGUCUACUCCUGGGGCUGUGGAGAGUAUGGGCGACUGGGUCUGGAAUGCGAGGAUGAUUUCGCUUCUCCUAUGCAAGUGAAGAUCCCAAAAGGUGCCGUCAUCUCUUCAGUGUCAUGUGGCAGCGAUGGAACCUUCUAUUUGACAGAAACUGGCAAAGUCCUGGCAUGUGGAAACAAUGAAUUCAACAAGCUGGGUCUGAACCAGGGAAUCUCCGGUCUGAAAAACCACCCCGGGGAGGGUUACCAGGGCACCCCGUACAUCACCACACUGACCUUGGUAAAGCAGCUGUCGCGAUUCACCAUCCAGGUCAUUUCUCCAGGGAAGACCCAUACAGCUGUGAUUGAUGAACGUGGUCUUCUGAUGACCUUUGGUUGCAACAAGUAUGGACAGCUGGGUGUGAAGGACUUCAAGAAGCACCAGGGAGUCAAAGUCCUUGUUGGGCCCUUUGGAGGGAAGACAGUGACUAAAGUGUCCUGUGGAGAGGGAUUCACCAUUACAGCCACUAAGGACAAUCAAAUCUUUGCAUGGGGAAACGCGGGAAACGGGCGACUUGGGAUGCCUGCUGAUAAGGGAUUCGGUUCAGAGGUGUGUCCUGCCAUGCCAAGGCCCAUCUUUGGUUCCCUCCAUCAUGUACCGGACCUCUCUUGUUGUGGCUGGCACACCAUUAUCAUAAUGGAGAAAGUGCUGAACUCCAAGACUAUUCGCUCCAACAGCAGUGGACUAUCAGUUGGUAAUUGGCUGGGUCAGGAGGCGUCUACAUCCACAGUUGAUCUGGACAUAGAGCCUGGCGCAGAGACGGAGUGUCGCGACAGGGGUCUUGGGGGAACACGGGAGGCAAAUACAGAGGGGUCCCUCUUGGAGAGCCCAAUGAUGUCAAUGGCAAAUCAGACUGGGGACAGCUCCUGCCCAUUCUGGCUCAGAAGGGAGCUUGAGGAUGCAGAGUUCAUCCCGAUGCCGGAAGGCUCUGAGCUGUCCACUCCUGACCAGCUCUCUUCUGUCUCAGAAACCGUCACUCUACCUUAUGAGGAGCUGAAAGAGCUGAAGGCUGCAGCAGCAGCUGUCAGCAGUAAGAAAGAACUCUCGACUAAACGAAUGAGCUGUGAUAACAUCAAUGGAAUGGAGGAGACUCGUGUCUGCACAAAAGGAGAAUCGAUUGUAUGCUGCGGUGCUAGUAGGGAAGUCACACAGCUGAAUGAGACAGUCGCUUGUCAAGAGAUGAGGAUCCAGAUGCUGGAGAAGCAGGUCAAAGACCAGCAGAAGGAGAAUAAGAGGCUCUGGGCGGCAAUUCAUUCUUCAGUUCUAUGGGAAGCGGGACGGGACAAUAAUGGAAACCCUCACUCCGAUCGUGUGCCUGGGGAUGUAGGAGGAAGGGGAGGCGCAUUCACAAACCACGGGAGCAGAUCUGCAGAGGCCAGCAUGUGAACCUCAACUUGCAGGUUUCUAUAUUAUGGGGGAAGUGUCACAACUCACAGCAGCACAUACUGAGUAAACAAGCUGGUUGGUUGCAAAGUGAAGGCUCGGUCAGAGGUGCACUACAAGAUGCAUCCUCGUGCCCACUCACAAGGGUUACAUUACAGUAUACAUGUUUGGCAUAAUGCUUACAUUGCAUGGUUACAUUUUACUGUAAUACUGUAUAAUACUUGCACACUUGUGUUCACAUGGGUGCAGUGAUCUAGCGCAGUUUCUCCACAGACUGAAAUGUUGGCUGGACUCAACAUGAAUCGUUGGACCUUGACACGCUCCAGAGAUAUACUGAUCAUAGUGUUACUCUGCAAUGUGAAGGUAAAUGUAUCGGUGGUGUUAGUGUUGAUUUUUAGGGAUGUCAGCACCAAGGCUUCAGUCCUUUUGUGCCUUUAGAUAUUCGUAUUUAUCGCGUAACAGGCAAAACCAGCUCAUGCAAAUAGUAAAUAAUUUGCUCAAACAUCCAAGGUUAAGAUGUCCUCUUCUCUUUCAGCUGUUCAGCUUGGCAGCCAGUAUGUUGUCCACACUCAUGUUGGCACAGUCUUCUAAUGUGAAAAUAAAGCUUUCUUAAAUAUCACUUUUAACUUCAUUUGAAUUUGCCAAAAACUAUGACAGAGUAUUAGAUUCACUUAAAGGGGGGGGGGAAAUCGGAGAUUACGAGAACAAAGUCAUAAUAUUACAAGAAUAAAGUUGUAAUAUGAGAAUAAUAUGGCAAUUUUACAAGAAUAAAGUUGUAAUUUAUUGAGAAAAAACAGGGGAAGAAGCCUUACAAAUAGAUAAAUAUUUUGGCUCAUCAGCACCACAUUAUCAUAAGUAUCAAGACUACUGUGCAAGUAACUGAGUCUGAGUCUUUUUAAUAUCUUGUAGUAUUUUGAAUUUUUUCUUCUCAAUUACGACUUUAUACUCGUAAUCUCAGAAUGUUUUUUUUCUUCAAUAUGGCCCUAAUGCUCUGUCGUAAAAAACAACAUAAAGCCUCUAAAACUGUCCUAUUUGUCCGACAUGUUAGCUAUUGCUUUUAUCUCAUGCAAAUAUAUCAUUUUAGAUUUGCACGUUUUAUUGUCUUAUAAAAGAGCAUUUGUGUGAAACACGAAACUACUGAUUAAUUUUUUUACAAGUAGGUUACUCCUUAUUGCCAUCUGUGACUCUUGAGUUCUCAAAGGUGCAGCACAUGUAGGUUUAUCUUCGUCAUACAUGAACACUUGGAAUGUGGACAACAUGGUUUUUAAAGCUUUUACUAUACAGCUGACCUUACAGCUCUUUUGUUGUUUUUUUAAUUGUACUUUUUUAACCAUGUAAUCCGUCUUUGGUACUUUCUGAAAUGUGUAGGGUGGAAAAAAAAAACGUGGAAGCAAAUGUUUUUGCUUUUAUUUGUUAGAGAUGUGUUGGUUUUGUUCAUUGUGUGCAAUUAUGUGUAAAAACCCUUUUCAUCAUAAUGAAGCUUACACGCUGAUGUCAGCGGUGUAACACUGGCAGUAAAAUGCUAUGUUAAAUACAGAGUGUGCCUUACAAGCCAUUGAAACCAAAGUUAGAGCAGAAGUAUGACAAUGUUGGUCCUUAUGUGAUUUUUUUUUUUAAAUUUUUUUUUUAAACAAUGUGACAGCAUGUAUUAUGUGGUUUACCUUUUAUGUGGUUUAUAUUGUGGAGAUGCAACAGUUGUAUAAACAAACACUCCUCCGCUCACUCCUAUUGUUGCUUCCUGCUUUGUGUUAAAGCAAUAAAUAAAACUUAUGAGCUGUC